AUGGAUAGCGAGUUGAGAGAAUCCCAGAAUCCUUCUGGUAGUGAUACUAGUGAUCAUGGGAACACUGACAUGUCUAACUUCAAAUGCAAAAUCUGCUUUGGUUUUGCUCACGACCCAAUUGUGACUCUUUGCGGUCACCUUUUCUGUUGGCCUUGUUUGUACAAGUGGUGGAGAUACUUGGGAAGUCAUUCUCUUUCUCAGGACUGCCCUGUUUGUAAGACCCGCGUACAUGAAGAAAAGUUGGUUCCUCUUUAUGGAAGGGGAAAUAAGGGUGUGGAUGCUCAAAUAUCAAAAUCUAUUCCUGGAAUCCACUUUCCAAAUAGCCAAGCACGGCAGAGAUCGGAAACAACAAAGGGACCUGCUUCGAAUAUGAAUCAGUUUCCUCCCCUGGGUUUCGCAUCAAUAGAAGUAGAUGAUACUCCAACGGCUAAUGUGCCUGCUACGGACUUGUUCACAUUCUCAGCAACUGUUACACCUUCUUCAGGUAAUUAUCAAAGUAACACUACUGCUACUCCGUUUCUCAGCAGCGUUGGACAUGAAUUUUUCCCUCAGCUGCAUCCUAUGGGUGCUCAACGGCAACAAGAUACCCCUCUGAAGAUUCUACUUCUGUUGAUGGGUGCUUUUGGGAUUCUUUCACUUGUGACUUGUUAG